AUGAGCUCCGCUUUGCCGUUCAAGAAAUACCUCCCCGAGGCGGAAUUAGCCGUCCUCUCUGUGCUUCGGGCAUGCCACCUGACGAGCCAGGUUCAGCAGAAGCUGGUCAAUGAGGACACCCUGAUCAAAAAGGACAAGUCCCCCGUAACAGUUGCCGACCUCUCUGCGCAAGCACUGAUCACCCUCCACCUCCGAGAACACUUCAAGGAUGAGAUCAUCGGAGAGGAGGAUACGACUGAGCUCCGUGCGAACUCUGCCCUGCGAGAGCGGGUCGUGGGACUAGUGGACGAGGCAUUCGGACGCGAAGAGGGAUGGGGCAAGGGGAAAACAUGGUCGGAGGAUCAGAUCUUGGAGGCUGUCGAUGCGGGGUCGGCAGAGGGUGGAAAGAAGGGCCGAUUCUGGACCAUAGAUCCUGUGGACGGGACUUCCGGUUUCAUCCGGAAACAGCAAUACGCAGUCUGCCUGGCGCUGAUCAUCGAUGGUCAGGUCGAGCUUGGCGUCAUUGGGUGCCCGAACCUCGGAUCUCAGCCUGCCAAGAUGGGCGAAGAGGUCAUCCCGAAUGGAGAAGGGGUAUUGAUGAUCGCUGUCCGGGGAGAGGGGAGCUAUUCUCGCCCCCUUGCUACCGCCGACUACACCCGCCUCUCCCUCCCCUCCACCCCCGCCGCCAACACCCUCACCUUCCUCGAAUCCGUCGAGGCCGGACACUCGGCACACGGGAUCCAAGCGCGCAUCGGAGAGCUCCUCGGCGUCAAGCGGCCUAGUCUCCGGAUGGAUAGUCAGGCAAAGUAUGCCUGUCUCGCGCGGGGCGAGGGCGGUGUCUAUCUGAGAAUACCGACCAAAUACUCUGGCGGCAAGCUGUACGACGAGAAGAUUUGGGAUCACGCCUCGGGCUUGUUGCUCAUCCAAGAAUCGGGCGGGGUGUGUACCGACAUGCACGGGAAAGAACUGGAUUUCAGCGUCGGCAGGACAUUGAAGGACAACGAGGGGAUUGUGGCGGCUGGAAAGGGACUGCAUGCGGAAGUUGUGGAGGCUGUCAAGAAGGCGGUGGAGGAGGCGGGUAAGAAGUAA